AUGGGACUCUGCAUAUCUUGUGCUUCUUCUUCUCACAAAAUUCAGGACGGCAAUCGAACUUCAAUGCCAUACGAAGAGAACAAUGAUUCUAGUGGGAUUCCCAUGCUUGGUUCCUUUCAUUCCAUGGAAGGAAGCAAAGGAGUAAACCAAGAUAGUGCCAUGCUUUGCCAGGGCUAUGGGAUGGAAGAUGAAGCUGUGUGUGGAGUUUUCGACGGGCAUGGGAAAUUCGGGCACCAGGUGAGUCAGUUGGUGAGAAACAACCUUCCAUCACUUUUGCUGAACAAAAUGAAAGCUCUUGAUCAUCAACGAGUCACUGCAGAAGCCGAGGUUGAUGGUUCCCAAAACCCCGUCAGUUGCAAGGACAACGAACCAGAAGAUUCAGAAACAAGCAAGAAGUUUCAGAAAUGGAAAGAAGCAUUUGUUAGCUCCUUCAGAGUUAUGGACAAGGAGAUUAAGCUUCAACAGAAUAUGGACAGCUCUUGCAGUGGAACCACUGCUGUUGUAGUCGUCAAACAGGGUGAGGAUCUUUUUAUAGCAAAUCUGGGAGAUUCAAGGGCAGUUCUAGGAACAAUUACGGAGAACGGAAUUAAGGCCAUUCAAUUGACCACUGAUCUCAAGCCCGGUGUACCUAGUGAAGCAGAACGAAUAAGGGCGUGUGGCGGUCGAGUGCUUGCACUAAAGCAAGAACCUAACAUCCAGAGAGUGUGGCUGCCUCACGUUGACCUCCCGGGACUAGCCAUGUCCCGAGCUUUCGGAGACUUUAUACUCAAAGACCACGGCAUCAUUGCCACCCCAGAUGUCUCCCACCACCGUCUCACUUCCAACGAUCAGUUCGUUGUCCUUGCAACCGACGGGGUUUGGGACGUGCUCAGCAACAGUGAAGUUGCGUCCAUUGUGUGGGAGGCGGAGAGCGCACAAGCAGCGACGAGGGCGGUGACUGAGGCAGCUUCAGCGAUGUGGAGGAAGAAGUUCCCUAACGCUAAGAGGGAUGACUGCACUGUUGUUUGUUUGUUUUUGCAAGAAAAUAUUACCUGA